AUGCCCGGAAGACGCUUGUCAUCAGUUAGACCUCCUUCUCAAACACUAUCAGGAGACGAAGGAAACAUAGACUUCGAGCACUCUCAAGGCGGCAGCGAUGACCACAACAACGAAACGUUCGCGGUCGUCGCAGCGGAGCUUAAGUCGACAUGGGAGAAAAAGUUGAGGGAACGCGACGAUAAUAUAAUACAGACAACACAAAAGGAACUCCAUCUUGCUUUCCAGAAGAAGGAAACUGAAAUCGCCAACAUCAUAAACGAUAUGGAGACCCUUCACCAGGAUUUCCUCGAAAAUUUUGCGAUUAUAGAAGAGAAGAAGCGCAAAAUCACAGCUGCGAUUGCUGAAGCACAGGAAGAACUUAUACCACUCGCGGUUAAACGCCACCAAGCGACCAUCAGUCUUGGACACGAGGUCGAGAACGGUCAACUGGAAGGGAUGGCCCUCAUCAAAGGUGCUUGUCAGUCCACGCGGGACAUUGCUCAGGAGCUUGGCUCGUUGCACUUCGAUUGCUGA